AAAAAAAAACGCUAUUCGUGGAAGAGAAAGCGCGAGCGGGGGCAGAGAGGACGUCCGUUAUCUCCGUUAAGACCCGCAGCUCUGUCUUACUGUUUAUAGUCAAAAAUAGUCAGAAAGAAAGGGCUAACAAAACAAACAGAAAUAGGAAAGUCGAGUGUUUGACACCUGACCUAACUAACCGUUAGCUGUAGCUGUGUAGCUAACUGUCAGAAAUCUGACUACACAGAGUGAGUGAGAGAGAGUGAGAGAGAGAGAGAGACAUGGCUACGACGACCUGCACUCGAUUUACGGACGAAUAUCAGCUAUACGAAGAGCUCGGAAAGGGAGCAUUUUCAGUGGUGAGGCGAUGCGUGAAGCUUUGCACAGGCCAAGAGUACGCUGCCAAAAUCAUCAACACCAAAAAACUAUCGGCCAGAGAUCAUCAGAAGCUUGAACGAGAGGCUCGAAUCUGUCGAUUGCUCAAGCAUCCGAAUAUCGUUCGACUUCAUGACAGCAUAUCAGAGGAAGGCUUCCACUACUUGCUGUUUGACCUGGUGACAGGGGGAGAGCUGUUUGAAGACAUUGUUGCCAGAGAGUACUAUAGCGAGGCUGAUGCCAGUCACUGCAUCCAUCAGAUUCUAGACAGUGUCAAUCACAUUCACCAACAUGACAUAGUGCACAGGGACCUGAAGCCAGAGAACCUGCUCCUGGCCAGUAAGUGUAAGAAUGCUGCCGUGAAGCUGGCUGAUUUUGGUCUGGCCAUCGAAGUGCAGGGGGAUCAGCAGGCAUGGUUUGGAUUUGCGGGGACACCAGGUUAUCUCUCCCCUGAGGUCCUGAGGAAGGAAGCAUAUGGAAAACCUGUGGACAUCUGGGCCUGUGGUGUGAUCCUCUACAUUCUGCUGGUUGGUUAUCCUCCGUUCUGGGAUGAGGACCAGCACAAACUCUACCAGCAGAUUAAAGCUGGGGCUUAUGAUUUUCCAUCUCCAGAGUGGGACACGGUCACUCCUGAAGCCAAAAACCUCAUCAACCAGAUGUUGACCAUCAAUCCAGCCAAGAGAAUCACAGCACAGGAGGCUCUUAAACACCCAUGGGUCUGCCAACGCUCUACAGUGGCCUCCAUGAUGCACAGACAAGAGACAGUGGAGUGCCUGAAGAAGUUCAACGCCAGGAGGAAACUCAAGGGUGCUAUCCUAACUACCAUGCUGGUAUCCCGGAACUUCUCUGUGGGUAGCAGGCAGACCACGGCUCCGGCCUCGGUCACUGCCGCCGCUGCUGCUGUUGCUGCAGCAGCGGGCACCACAGCAGGGCUGGUGGAACAAGCAGCCAAGAGUUUGCUGAACAAGAAGGCCGACGUCAAGAAGAGAAAGUCAAGCUCUACUGUUCAGUACACGCCCCAGACCAACAGCACCAAAAACAGCAUAGUCACGAGCCCCAAAGGAAACCUUCCCUCUCCUGCACUGGAAGCUCAGACCACUGUUAUACAUAAUCCAUUGGAUGGGAUUAAGGAAUCGUCUGACAGCAGCAGUGCCACAGUGGAGGAUGAAGACAUGAAAGGAAAGAGUGUUGAUAACAGCUCAGGUCAAACGCAGUCAAACCUCAGCUCCCAGGCAGACCACACAGUUCAGGGUCCUGCCCCUCCUGUCUUCUCCUCCACCAAGCUCUCGGACCUGCUGGGUGUGGUUCGCAAGGGCUCAGGCCCUGUGGCUGAUGGUGAGGGGAGCACCAGUACCCCCUCCCCCACCCCCCAAACCCCCAACAUUCCCAUGCAGAUGUCGCGCCUGACAGAUCUGGUGAGCAGCGUGCGCAAGAGUUCAGUCCCCCAGGCAGAUGCUGACUCAGCUACACCCAGUCGACCACACAGUGCCCCGAACUCUGCUCCUGCUCCAAACUCUAUUACUGCCCCGUCCCAAUCCUCCCAAUCCUCCCCUCCUCCCCCACAGUCCUCCUCCAGUCCCCUGCCUGCACUACACUCCCGCAAACAGGAGAUUAUUAAAAUCACUGAACAGCUCAUUGAGGCCAUUAACAAUGGAGACUUUGAAGCUUAUGCUAAAAUCUGUGAUCCUGGUUUGACCUCAUUUGAACCAGAGGCUCUGGGGAACCUGGUGGAAGGCAUGGACUUCCACAGAUUCUACUUUGAUAACUUAUUGUCUAAGAACAGCAAGCCCAUCCACACCACCAUCCUGAACCCUCACGUGCAUCUGAUUGGUGAAGACGCUGCCUGCAUAGCGUACAUCCGCCUGACGCAGUACGUGGACGGGCAGGGCCGGCCGCGCAGCAGUCAGUCCGAGGAGACAAGGGUGUGGCAUCGCCGGGACUCCAAGUGGCAAAAUGUCCAUUUCCACUGCUCGGGAGCUCCUGCUGCUCCACUGCAGUGAAGGGACAGUUUGUAGUUGCCAUGUGUGAGAAAAGCAUCCAGCCAGAGAGGGAGAGAGAAAGGAAGGGAGAGGGAGGAAGGAGAGGUAGUCCAGUGUCAGUGCCUGACCCUUCCACGCUGGGCUCCGACCUUCACCUGUCAAUCACGUCUCUGUGCAGUGUCCACCCCGCCCACUCCCUUGUUCCCCCUCCCACUGUGUUGCCACACCAUGCUGUGUGUUAAUGAGCUGAGUGAAGUGAUCUCUGACUGUCCGUGAAGUGUCACGCCGUGUCAGUGUGAAUGACGAGCCUGCGUGUUCACCCAUUUUUAAUAUUAUAAUUCAUAUUAAACAUUGGUAUUAUUACUGUCGUUUAUUAAUAUGAUUACUACACAGAAGCAAUCGUGUGUAAUUUGUACAGUUCAUUUUCUGAAUGCUAGUGGUUUCUGAGUUAAGCCCUUUUUUUUUUAUAGAUAGCAUGGCACUCGGUGUAUCCACGGUGGUUGUUUCUAUAGUAACAGAAGCGGCGAGUUGAAGCACAGUGUUUGGUGUGGGAUGAUUCAAGUUUGACUGUGCGUGUGUGUGUGUGUGUGUGUGUGUGUGUGUGUGUAGGGCCAGAGCUAAACAGAGUGAUACACAGCGAUGUAUUUGGGGUCUUCCAGUCUUUCAUUGUGCUCGUUGUGUAAAGAGCGCGUCCUGAAUAAAGCUCAUUCGCCUUUUUGUGACUUUCGGCGGAUCAAUUUUAUCAAACUUACCAGCGACCGCGCAGGACCUAAUAUCAAGUAUCACUAAAUAAUAUCACUAAAGUAUUUCUGUGCUCACUUCUAGUCAUAUACUUCAAACUGAAACUGACUGCGGUACCAGUUGAAUCAUGUUAAAGCAGCCCAUCAAACAUUUCUCCAUAUUCAGCUGAGCCGUUUAGUGAACUGUAUUAAAGACUGUGUGUGUGUGUGUGUGUGUACAUCAGUAGCAUGCCAGCUCAACUCACAUUAUAAGCCAUAAUCCAGCAAAAGGUGCUACAUAUCACUCUAGCCUGCAUUUACCUACAUGCCCAGGUCUUGUCCAAACAGCACAUACAUUUAGCAUUUAGCAGAUGCCCUUCUCCAGAGCGACACAUUUUACACAACUGAGCAAUUGAGUGUUAAGAGCCUUGCUCAGGGGCCCAGCAGUGGCAGCUUGGUGGACGUGGGAAUCGAUCUCACAACCUUCCAAUUGGUAGUUCAGCAGCUUAACCACUAGGCUACCACAUCCCUGGGUACCUUGUAUCAGCUAAAAACUGAUGCAUGGCUUAACCACUGGUUUAUUAAGGCUUAUUAAGUGAUGAAGGAUGUAGCAAAACCCCUUGAGGCUGUGAGUAAAGAUCUGAACUUUCAUUUGACAGAACUACAGGCUGAGUUGUGUUUUUUUUCCUGUUUUUUUUUUUUCUUUCUUUUGUGAUUUAAUAUCAUUUAUAAUUUUGUCACAAGGGAUGGCGGUGAUCCAGUUGUGUUUAAGUAUAUAUCAUAAGGUUGAUGUUAAACAUGAGAUAAAAAAAAUAUAUAGCUCUAUAUACAAAUAUAAAUAUAUAUAUAUAAAACGUUUUGAUGGAUUGCGUUUGUACUUGAAAGCAAGUUGCUAUGCUGGAAGAGGAGGGAUGAUCUGAGGAUAGGCUGCAUAUGAGGUAUUGUUAAGCGACAAACUUAUCAAAGAGAUGUCAGGGAAAUUUUUGUAAUAUGAGGAUUUUGCAAGUUCAAAUCUCUUUACAUGAAGUGUACUUAAGACAUAACAUAUAUCAUGUCCAGAAGAGUUGGGCUAUACGUUGGUUGGUUGGCGUUUGAGCUGCAGAUGAGCGUUAGAGAAGCCAAUUAAUCAGCGGAAUGAUGGAAGCUUCUGUCCUUGAAACGAGGCUGUUAUUCAUCGUUUGUGUCCUCAGGUUGUAUUUAUUUAUUUAUGUAUUUAUUUAUUUAAGUAGCUCUCUUAUCUCACUUUUUUUUGUCAUUUUUAACUUCUGUCCUUUGUACAGCUUUUUUUUUUUCACUCACGACCUCAUUUUAUUUUCAUCGUGUAGUGAAUAUUAUCACUGAGCUUUACAGCUUUGAUGGGCACUUUUUUUUCCCCAAAGCCCCUUUUAGAGAUCAUACAGUGAAUCGUUUAAAAGCGGUCCUAUUUAUGAACUGGAGCGACCCCAGAAGGCAAUCAAGCUGGGUAUCUGUUUUAACUCUAGCGCUGUGCUUGGAGCCAGGUGUAUUUCCGAGCUAUUUAUGUCCCACUCUGGAUGGUCUCUUCAUCUUGUCUCUUGUCUUGACACAAAGUGAUAUGAGACUAGUACAUAUGUUUAUAUGUGUGCUAUAAAAAGUUCCCUCCACCAGUUCACUCCUUGAAUAUUUAAAAAAAAAAAAAAUGAAAAAAAAAAAUAAUAAUAAUAACAAAACAGCAUGUAAAAUGUACUAAUGUUCUUCUUCGUGUGUUUACCAUUGAAAAUAAUCAUGUAAAAUAAGUGAUAUACAUUAUUACUAUUAAAAAGGACACACAGUAUUAAAGCGGCAGUUUACUAGAGUUUUAGCCGGACUUUCUUUGCAUGACAAUUCACUCAAACAAGAAGUUUGGUGUUCCUUCUUUUUCUUUUUUCUUUUUUUUCUUUUGUUAUUUUCAUUUUCUAUUGAAUGCUGGUUAACUAAACCUUUCUCUUAUCUAUUUUCCAAGCUUUGUAAGUGCAUAAAAAUAUUUUUGUCUUUGAAUGAAGAUUAUGUAAACGAAAGGUGGAAAAACACUGAUGAGAUUGAGAUUAUAAAAAUUGGUGAUAAUAUUUCAAGGCAUGCUUUUAUAUUCAAGCUCCUAGUUGUCAGUGCAGGUGACCGACGCGGCUGAACGAACGGGAAGAGAACUGAGGAUCGGGUUUGAGUUCCUAACGAAUAACCGAGCUACUCUGUUGAAUAGACGCUGAAUUUAAUUCUAGUGGUUGCACUUAAUACACUUAGACCUGUGGAGUGAAAUCCCAGCUGCUCUUAUUCGUCAGGGAAGUCGAGAUGUAGACGUACUCGCUUUCGAGUCGCUCGGUCGUAGUAGUGAUAUCAACCUGCACUGACAACACAAUCACUCGACUCGGUUGUUUCAGUACCGUAUUGUUUCACUCUUUUCCUAAUUCCCUGUUGUUCUUCCGUUUCACCUAGUUGCUCUGAAGACUUCACGGUAGCCCCUCGUCACUUUUGGGUUCCUGUAUAAGAUAUUAAACUCUUUUAUUUCUCGGAUUAUUCUUACUCUUAUUGUUGCUCUGUUCUACAAACUUGCUAUGUGUUACUUGACUUAAGGAAAUGUGUUCAAGUGUUCUAAAUAAAAACGAAGAUUUAAAUACUGAA